CUCCCAACCUCUCUGCGCUGUACUCUCAGGGGGAUCUCAGCACUGCUGCAGCAUCACUAACAACCUCAAUCCAGGAGGCUGGGAAAGCGAGGCGGAAGGGGGAGAAAAAAGCUGAAUGAAUGGGCAUCGCCUCAGUGAUCGUUAUGGGGAGAACGGUGGCUGCUGCAUAGAGAGUAUCAAAAGGGAGGGGGGGAAGAAGACAAGGAAAGGAAGAAAGAACUGCCACACACAACAAUUAAGCUGGGCUUCAUCACAAGCUUUUCUUUGGACAAGUACUCCAUGGCAAGGGAGCAUCGUCGGCAGCGGUCCCUUCCCCUGACACCCAGAUCGGAAUAAAAGGAGUUCGUAAGAACAACCCUGCUGGAUCAGGCCCGAGGCCUAUCUAGUCCAGCAUCCUGUUUCACACAGUGGCCCACCAGAAGCCCCUGGGAAGCCCACAGGCAAGAGCUGAGGGCAUCUUAUGGCAGAGAAUUCCAUGGGUUAAUUAUGCAUUACAAGUUCAAAAAGACUGAAGAGACCAUUCAGCCUGCUGUUGUAGCCCUCGCUGAAAAACUGCACUCUUCCAUUCCCUUCACACAACCAAGUCUCUUUGUGGCAAGCAGAUGGGUGUGCGGAAACAACCGGGUUCUCUUUAAAAGCAAGAUCACUCCUAAAGAGAGACUGAACCCUUGGAUGAUCAUCCUUAUGGUCUUCAGGAGGAGCAAACCUGGAAUCCUGAGGGACAAGAAGAGAAGCCAGCUCUGAGCUAAGCCUGUACUUGAAGUACAGGCAGACACGGGAGACGUACAUAAUGGCCCAGGCAAAUUUCCUGAAGGAAAGAGAGUGACCAAGAAACUGGGUUGAAGUACACUCAGCACCCUCCUCCUGAAGCAAUGCUCUAGGCAACCUUAGCACCAUGAAGGGGUUAGGAGAUAACAGAAGCCGCCAUCUUUCUGAUAACCUGGACUCCCCUCAAGACUCUCUCUAUGCCACCCAAGACAGGAAUCCUUAUCUCCUUAGCCCCACAGACUCCUACACAAUGGACCCCCAAUUCCCCACCCCAAACUCCCUGCAUAGUGACUGUCUCCUUCCACUCAACAAUCAGAUUUCUAACAGUAGCACAUUUCCACGGAUCCAUUACAACUCCCACUUUGAGGUGCCAGACGAGAACCCCUUCCCAAGCCAUGCCCAAGCCACAAAGAUCAACAGGCUUCCUGCCAACCUCCUAGACCAGUUUGAGAAACAGCUGCCCAUCCACAGGGAUGGCUUCAGCACCCUUCAGUUCCAGAGAAGCUCUGAAACCAAACACCGGAGCGAGAGCCCUGGGAGAAUCCGGCACUUGGUUCACUCAGUCCAAAAGCUUUUUGCCAAGUCACAAUCACUGGAGGGUGCCUCCAAAGGCAGUGUGAACGGCAAGAAAGGCACAGAGGACUCAAAGCAGAACCGCAGGAGCAAGAGUAAGGACCGGGCGAAAACCACUGAGACAAAACGCAGGACCAGAUCCAACAUAUCGGGCUGGUGGAGCUCGGAUGACAAUCUAGACAGCGACACCUGCAACUAUCGUAACCCUAUGGGCCUCAUGACCCUUGGCAGGCAGCCUGAUCAUAGCCAGCCUAGGUACUUCAUGCAUGCUUACAACACAAUCAGUGAACACAUGCUGAAAUCCUCCAAGAGCAAUAAUGACCUCAAGGUCACCCCCUGCACCAACAUCCCCAUAAGCAGCGAGUCCAACUACAUCAAAAGAGGCUCCUGGUCCACACUCACGCUCAGCCAUGCCCGGGAAAUGUGCCAAAAGGCUUCCGCUACCAUCGACAGAGCUCUGCUGAAAUCCAAGUCCUGCCAUCAAGAUUUAGCCUAUCAAUACUUGCAGGUGCCUCAGGGAGACUGGAAUAAUACGCUGACGAGGGAAAAAGACAAUGAAAUCCCAUGUCGGCGCAUGCGGAGCGGGAGCUAUAUCAAAGCCAUGGGAGAUGAAGACAGUGAAGACUCAGAAACCAGCCCCAAGCCAUCCCCAAAAACUGCAGCACGGAGGCAAAGUUACCUCAAGGCCACUCAGCAAUCCCUGGGUGAACAGAGCACCACCCACAGAAGUCUGGAUCGGCUUGACUCUGUUGAGAUUCUCUUGCCUCCAAAGUUCCCAAGCUGGGAGGAAGAAUACAACCAGAUCACAGAAAACCUCGAAUCCAGUUGCAUCAGCCAGAUAUUUGGACAGCCCACAUUUAUUCCGCAGAUAUUUACACAUGGAGAGCAGGCAAAAGAGGUGGAGUUGAACGACCAAUACGAGGGGAUGUGCGAAUCGGCCUACAGCGAAGCAGAAUCAGCUGCUGUGGAGGUGCUGGACCUGCCUCUUCCCAGCUAUUUUCGCUCCCGGAGCCACAGCUACCUCCGAGCCAUUCAGGCAGGCUGCUCCCAGGAAGAGGACACCGUCUCUGUUCGGUCCAUCUCUCCACCCCCGGCCAACAGCAUCAGUGGCAGUCGAACACUUCCCAGCAACAGUUCGGCAUGCCUAGUGGGAUAUAAAAAGACUCCACCACCAGUCCCACCACGGACCACCUCCAAGCCGUUCAUCUCUGUCACAGUGCAGAGCAGCACCGAAUCUGCACAGGACAGCUACCUGGACAACCAGGACCAGAAGAGUGAGGUCAAUAGCCAGUCGGGACUGAGCAAUUCCUCAGACAGCUUAGACAGUACCAGACCACCCAGUGUGACAAGAGGCAGCAUUGUGACUCCCCCCAGAGAGCCUCCUGAGUUACCCCAGAAAAAUGCAACCUUGAAGAGUGACAAAGGAACUCUGACAAACGAAGAGCCAAAGGUGGAGAAUAUCCCCAAAAGGAAGCUGUCAUCUAUAGGAAUACAAGUUGACUGCCUUCAGCCAGUGGCAAAAGAGGAGCCCCCUCCAUCAGCCACCAAAUUCCAGUCCAUCGGGGUACAGGUAGAGGACGAGUGGCGCAACAGCCACUCUCACAGCAUGUCCACCAAGCAGGAUACAGAUUCUGACUUGCAAGAACCGAAUAACUCUUUCUGUAAAUCGUCUGAGAGAAGCCUUGCUGAUUGUCCCCCAUGCAACAGCUCCAACAGCCUUGAUGCCAGUACGAGGCAAACAGCCAUGCCCUCCCAGAUCAAAAGAAACCUCUCCUAUGGAGAUAGCAAUGACCCAGCUCUAGAGCCUUCCUCUCUUCCUCCUCCUGACCCUUGGCUCGAGACGUCCACCAACACUCCAUUGGAACCGACACCGCCAGGAGCUUGCCGAAGGGACGGGUAUUGGUUUCAGAAGCUGCUGCAAGCAGAGACAGAGAGGUUAGAAGGCUGGUGUCGUCAGAUGGACCAAGAGACCAAAGAGAACAAUCUCUCUGAAGAAGUCUUAGGCAAAGUCCUCAGUGCAGUGGGCAGUGCACAAUUACUAAUGUCACAGAAGUUCCAGCAGUUCCGUGGGCUCUGUGACCAAAACUUGAACCCCAAUUCCAAUCCCAGGCCUACUGCACAGGACCUCGCCGGCUUUUGGGAUCUCUUGCAGUUGUCCAUCGAAGACAUCAGCAUGAAAUUUGAUGAGUUGUACCACCUAAAGGCUAAUGGCUGGCAGUUGACAGAGACACCGGAGAAGAAGGAAGAGAAGAAGCCACCCCCUCCUGUGCCAAAGAAGCCAGCCAAAUCUAAAUCCCAGCUCAACCGGGACAAGGCCUCCGACUCGGUGGACAAGCAGCGCCAGGAAGCUCGCAAGCGCCUCAUGGCGGCCAAGCGUGCGGCCUCGGUCCGACAGAACUCUGCAACGGAGAGUGCGGACAGCAUUGAAAUCUAUGUUCCUGAGGCACAGACCCGUCUUUGAGCAAGGGGAAGAGGAAGAAAAGGCACUCUUUUUCACACCAUUAAAAGAAAGGAAGAAAAAAGGUUCACGAAACUGAGUGUGGUUUAUUUUGGUCUAGAGACAGAGCCAACCUUACAAAGGGCUCCCAAUUUGGCUUUCUCUCCCCCCCUCUUCUCUUCCUCCAGCUUUAAGUAAUGAAGAUUUGGAAAGAAAACCCCCUUCCCGGUUCUGUGGUUUGGUUCCCCCUUCCCCCACCUGGCUGUGGUGUGGCAGAACGGACUCUUGGAAACACAGUCCUGUAGACUUGGGAACUGCAGCCUUUUUACUGGUUCUAUCUAAGGAGACUUAUUAGCUUGUUUACAUGAAACGGACAAAAAAACGAAACAAAGCCUUGGGCACUUGCCAUGCUGCGCUUUUUCUCCGCCUCCGCCGUAUUCUUUCUGUCCUCCCCUCCACACACAGUCUCACUCUCUUCCCCCCCCACACCCCCUUGUCGUGCUCUUGCUCCUUUGUUUCCCCCCUCGGUUCUGUAGUUCCUAGAUUUUCUUUCUUGGUCAUCCUUUCUUUGCAUGGCGUUGUUUACUGUGUUAGAAGUAAACUCUUCCACCGAGCUCCAGAAGAAAACACCUGCUCAGUGUGUACUGUCGUUGCACUCUGCUAGCAAGCAGCCUUUUGUUGGUUAUGUAUGAUUUUCCUUCUAGUUGGGCGGGGUGGGGUGGGGUGGGGGGGAUCGGGGUGGGAAGGGAGGCAGCAGGGCUUUGGGCUUCAGGCUUCAUGUAUCUUUUUAGUUAAAACACCACAAAAGGAGGGCAAGAUCAGAGGUAUGUGAACAGAGACUGGAAGGAAACAUGUGCAAUAUAGUAGUGUUGGGGCCUGCACUCCCAUGAAUGGUGCUGCAAGAGAUUCUGUGUAUAGGGCACCUGGUCAGGGGUGUGUAUGUGUGUCCCCGGCCCACCACCCCUCACCACAUACACUUUUGUUCUUUCCUACAAAUCCUCUGCCUCCCUUGCAAAUGUGGGGCUUCCCAGCCCACCCCCUUUUUUUCUUUGCAAGGAUCAAGCAGCAGCUGCUACACAAGGAAAAAAGCUGUCUCCCAAAAGGGGUGUGUAAUAUUAGUGCAUUCUGUAGUGGAGAACAUUGGCUUUUGUACAGAACAAGAGAGGAGGUAGUGAAUGGAGAGCUGGCAGUUUGCCUGCCUGCCUGCCUGUAUGUAUGUGUACAUAUGCACAUAUACACUUAAUAGGAUCUGUAUAUUUAACACAUACACACAUAUAUAUACCCAUGCACAUACACACGCAUUCAGAUGGUGUCUUUAAAAAGCACCUCACUGAGAGUGGGUGUAUGUAUAGCAUAUAUUUUUACAUGUACUAUAGCUAGAUGUGUGUAAAAGUGUGUGCAAAAAUAUAUAUGCCCUGUGUGUAAUCAAAUUCCUCACUUCCAAUCCAUCCCCCUGUAUCCUGUGUUGUUUGGGGGAGUAGUCACUAAUUUUCAUGUGGACCCUUCUGUCUCCUCUCCCACUUUUGGCCUAAUUUUUGUGGAGCCAGGUGCCAAUCGCCAGCUCCAAAUUCCUUCUCUCCGAGUCCUUUCUCCACCCCACCUCCCCUCCUUUUCGUGCAAAAAGUGUGCAUUUGUCUCAAAGCCGAGCACUACUAUUGUGGAUGAUAGAAACUGUAUUAUGGAUAGCUUCAGGUGGGUCAGAAACCCAAAGGAAUCUUAGACUGGUGUGUUAGUUCUCUUAAGAAGAUAAUAGAAAAUGCUACAACCCAAUCAUGUCAAAGUGAAUACUGUGUAUGGUGUCUAUGCAUAUAGAGUGAUGCGGAUUUCUCCACCUGCCCACUUAAUGUGCAACUUCUAUCCUGUGGAAGCUUGGCCAUAUAGAAUGUGGCUUCAACUCAAGCUUGAUUUUAUUCUCCACUCCCCACCCCCAAAUGUCUUUAAAUUAUAGUAGAGGGUGGUGUGACAGACUUCUUAAAUGACUGAUUUUCACAGUUUUGUAUUAAAAUUUGAAACACUUGGAAUGUGACUUGUGUUACAUUUCCACAGGCAGCAUUCCCAGUAACUUAGGUGGGUAGUUGCUUGAUGCUUUUGCCCAGAUUUCCAUUUGAAGUCAAUGGGAUUAAAUAUUAAGUCUGUGUAAAUCCUGUUUAAUUGGUUUUAUGGAUUGCAGCUUAGAUGGCCUUUCACUUAGCCUGUGUUCACACAUUGUGUGAGCCUGUGUGUGUGACCAGGGCUAGCCUCUGUGCUCUCUGGCAGGUGCACCUGUAUGAUACACUUGUCCCCUCCAUCCUCCCCUUAUGUAUACACCUAAAAUGUGGACAAAGCAAGUUGAGGCAGUCUGACAUAAUGAGAACUGUAAGGGUAACGGGUUCUAAAUUGGGCAUUGUAAAGGAAGCUAGGCCUACAUUCAUACUGAAUGUCGCUGGAAAAUGUGUGGGCCAUCAUAGCUGGGUGGAGGAAUAAGAUAAAAGCAAAAGCAGCUGGCUGGUUUUAAACAACUGAAACUCAAUAAAACAUCACUUCAGUUGAUGGCUAUGAAGCUUUCUCCCAUCUUAAAAAUGUAGUAUAUUAGGCUGCAGCUGCUUUGCACUUUUUAGGGAAGCACUGAAGGAUGUUUACAUGGACAUCUGCUGCAUGAAGUGAUACAGUAGCCCAGAUACACUGUGUGUGUUCCAGUGGUUGGAAUACAGUUAGUACUAGUAUUAUCAUUUGCCCUUUUUCUUUGGCAUACCUCCUUCAGCUCUACAGAAGACUUUCUUCUCAGCAUCUGAAAAAUAACUUCUGUGUACAAAUUAGUUUCACUUAAUAGGUGACAAGGUCAUCACUAAACUUGCUCCUUCAGAAGAGAAACCUUGUGUUCAGAACAAUCUCCCUAAAUCUCUGUAAGGGCCACAGACCAAGUGGCCCAAUAGGCACAAAACAAAUGAAACUUAUUUUUUUUUAAUCUCCAAAGGGCUAUGAACCUACUAAAUUUCCUUUGUGCCUGUAUGGGCCUAGAAUGUUGGGGAAUGGAUUAAAACCAUAGUUUAACGUACUCUGGUUGGUUGUAAUGGGAAUAGAGCCUCUUCCUUCCCAGUACUUGAAUUCAGUUGGGCUUUGCUCUAAUGAAUUCAUUUCAGUAACUGGGCUAGCCUUGACCUGGUCUAAUUUCAUCCAUGCAAUUCUAAGGCCAACACUUCCAUUCUACCUAAAAUUGAAAACAUGAAUCUGUUUCCAGUAACAAAGCUAGGAAGAUCAGGGUGACUUAAUGACUUCAUCCCUUGCAGCAAUAGUUCUGGGGGGAAACCGUAGGGUCUUGUUUUCCCCUCCCUGUCAUUUUAAGUUACCUGAUUCUCCUGACUUCAAGGGUUUUUCCCCAGUUGACAAUCUAAAGAGCCAUUGCUGAAGUGGCUCUGGAAAGCCCCUGCUUGAUGAAACUGUUGCUCUCCAUGGAUGCUUCUGUAGUUCUGUUCAGUAGCUAUGCGGAUUUGAAACAAAAUGUACAUAGGAUGAUUUGAUAACAUUUUUCCCCAGUCAUGAAGAAAGUGACACUUUCCCUACGCUGAUGUAGCCUACUACCUUUAUGGCACAAGAGUCCAGGCCCAUGAACAACUUCAUGACUAUUUUUUAAAGAAAAUGAAAGCCUUGUACCUAGACCCAUGCCCCAGUGUUUUGUAAUGUGAACCUUGCUGCCAUUGUAGACUACAGUAAAAGAAAAGGCACCUCAUUGGUGCCCUGAUA